AUGAAAUGUUCCAGGACAAAAGCGACAGCGAUUACAAAAGAUUGUCUAGCACCAGAAGCCAAAGAAGAAAUAUGUCGUCGCGUGAAAGAUAACGUUUAUUCCCUAAUAAUUGAUGAAACGACUGACAUUGACACGAAGAAAUCACUCGCAAUAAUAAUUCGAUUUUUCGAUGAGAAAAAAAUGAGUGUGGUCGAUAAAUUUCUCGGGCUCGUGGAAUUGGAAACCGCUAACGCCGAAAACAUACACAAAACGGUCCUCAAAUGUUUGGAGGAUAUCGGGAUCCCUUUUGCCAAUAUGAUCGGCUUCGCCGCUGAUAAUGCCUCGGUUAUGAUGGUUAACAUAAGCGGAGUACAAGCGCGAUUUCGAGAGAUGGUGCCGCAUAUAUUCGUCCUCGGGUGUAUAUGCCACUCGUUUCAUCUUUGUGCGUCGGCAGCUGCAAAUAAGUUGCCAAGAUCUAUUGAAGAUUUCGCGAGGAGCGUCUAUAAUCAUUUUUCGAACAGCAGUAAGAGAAUCGAAGAGUUAGCCGAGUACCAAUCCUUCGUCGAUCUAGAGCCUCACAAAAUGCUCAGACCAAGUCAGACGAGAUGGUUAUCUCUUCAGGCCGCAAUCGACCGAAUUCUUCAGCACUGGGAAGCUCUGACGCUAUAUUUCACGAACGCAGUUUUUGGGAACAAUCCGGACAAUCUGCAUUCAACGGAAACAAUACUGAAUUGUUUAAAAAACCCCGUUUAUAAACUCUACUUCAGCUUCUUAUCGUACACGCUGGAGUGUGUAAACAAACUGAAUCUGGAGUUCCAGAGCGAAAAGCCGAAGAUUCCGUUAUUGAAUAAGUCCGUGUCCGAACUGUUUAAAUCGAUUCUCCAAAACUUCAUACAUCAAUCGCAUAUCGAUAAGACACCACUCGAGCAGAUCUCAGUUAAGAACCCACGACACUUCUUAUCACUAGAGAAAAUGUAUUUCGGAGCCAAAGUAGAGCUCCUAAUAUGUAAAGGCAACAUAGAAGCUGGUGAUCUUCACAACUUUAAGACUCGAGCAUUGGAAUUUUACAUAGAACUGUGCUCACAGAUUCAGAAUCGAUUCUGUUUCAACGAUCCAAUGCUCAAGUACGUCGAAAUCUUCUUGCCUGAGACUACAUUGAAUGGAACUAUUCCAAGUAUCGUUGUCGCGACAGCAAAAAACUUUCCGAAGCUUUUUGAGGAGAACGACUACGAUGAGCUCGAUUUCGAAUGGCGGCGCAUACCGAAUGUACACGAUAUCAAGCAAUACGCAAAUUUGGAUUUUGUAAGUUUCUGGAUGAGGAUCAGCUCAUUAAAAAAUAGUUUAGAUGAGAUGAUGUUUCCCAAUCUCACUAAACUAAUCAGAGCAAUUUUAUCUCUGCCUCAUUCAUCAGCCGCUGCAGAAAGAACGUUUUCGCAAUUAACUUUAAUGAAGACAAAAAUUAGAAAUCGACUCGAUGUCGAUACCUGUGAGGCAGUUCUUCACGCUAAAGGCUUAUUCGACGAGUCGAAAUGCUUCAAUUGGCAACCAUCGUCGACAUUGCAAACUAAGAAGCCAAAAAUUUAG